CGUCUUCGACGGCGGUUGCGGAGACCUGAGAGGGAAGGGUUCCUACUGGCGAGUCGGGCGUCUUUUUGGUCGCCUACGUCCUUCCCAUCAGCCCCCGCGCCGAGCAGCAGCAGGAAGAAGGCGCAGAACCCACGUGUUGGACAAGAUGCCCAAGUCCAAGCGGGACAAGAAGGGUGAGUGAUGCCGCAGGUCCUCAAGGAGGGUUUCCCUACGCACCUAUGUAUUUCCCACACACACACACCUAUGUAUGCCUAGUUUCCAGAGCUUUAUGUUUGGAAGCUGUGGCUGGAUGGUGUUGUAAACAAAAAUUGCCCUUUUCCCUUAUCGGGUAUCCAAGAGCCCAUAUAGAGUCCUUACAUAGGACUCUAUUGGUAGGAGAAAAUAACAGAGGCCAACCAGAGACUAUUGAGAAGCAAAGCAGCUAGUAAGCUUGAUCUUUAUUGAUCUGUUGCAACAGGGUGCUCCCCUCACGUGCAGGAAAGGAGGAGGACCCAGAAAAAUAGUGUGCAAGGCCUUAUAAAGACUUUUGAAAUUCCCAUCCUGUAGAUCAAGACCACCCCCAGAAACAUCAGACAUGCAUCACAGAAGGGGUGUAACCUAAGACCACCCCUCAGAUACAUCACACCUACAUCACAGAAAAGGCGGUCUUAACAGGUAUCUGGGGGGUGGUCUUAGGUUACACCCCUUCUGUGAUGUAUGUAUGAUGUUUCUGGGGGUGGUCUUGAUCUACAGGGUGGCAAUUUCAAAAGUCUUUAUAAGGCCUUUUGCGCUAUUGUUCUGGGUUUCCUCCUCUCUCCUGCGUGUGAGGGGAGCACCCUGUUGCAACAGAUCAAUAAAGAUCAAGCUUACUAGCUGCUUUGCUUCUCAAUAUUCUCUGGUUGGCCUCUGUUAUUCUCUCCUAUCAAUAGGGAACCUACGUAAGGACUCUGUAGGGGCUCUUGGAUACCCCAUAAGGGAAAAGGGCAAUUUUUGUUUACAACAGAAGCUAUACCUAUACUGUAUUGCCGUGAUAUUGUCCCUUAUUGUUUUAAUGAGGGGGCUGGUGCCAUGUUGCUUUUGUUGUGACUUUAUGGUUUUAAUAGGCUAGGAUUAGACUGAGGGGAUAGCUCAGUCGGUAGAGCAUGAGACAACUUAGUCUCAGGGUCGUGGGUUCGAGUCCCAUGUUGGGCAAAAGAUUCCUGCAUUGCAAGGGGUUGGACUAGAUGACCGUUGUGGUCCCUUCCAACUCUACAGUUCUAUCUGUAGCAGUGGUUCCAAACCUUUUUUGGCCAGGCCCCACCUAAGCAUCUCUGAAAUCCUGAUUACCCCCCCCCCAUGACAUGUAAUUCUUAUUACAGCGGUUCCUCGGGUUACAGACGCUUCAGGUUACAGACUCCGCUAACCCAGAAAUAGUACCUCGGGUUAAGAACUUUGCUUCAGGAUGAGAACAGAAAUCGCGCGACGAUGGCAGUGGGAGGCCCCAUUAGCUAAAGUGGUGUCUCAGGUUAAGAACGUUUUCAGGUUAAGAAUGGACCUCCGGAACGAAUUAAGUUCUUAACGCUAGGUACAUUUGUAUUCAAAAAGUGAGCUCCUAUUCAAGUGGUAAAGGUAAAGGGACCCCUAACCAUUAGGUCCAGUUGUGACCGACACUGGGGUUGUGGCGCUCAUCUCACUUUAUUGGCCAAGGGAGCCGUGGAGGAAGCCUAAAAGGCCAUUAACUGUUAGUAGCUCAUUCUCGAAUUGCCCCCCUGUGGGGCAUGUGCCCCACUUUGGGAACCACGGAUCUAUAGUGUUGUUGUUUGGAUCCAUCUAUCUUAGGAGAUAGUGGAGGAGUGUGCUUUUGGGGGUGGAGCCACUGGAGAGUUACAGCGCCUGCUGUGGCUGUAGAGAUUGAUACAGGAGAAUCGUAUUUUGUUUCAGGUGGGGUAGAUGAAGGCACCUGCUUGUGCUGCUGCAGAUGCACCAGGCAUUUCGUCUCUCUGCGCUCCUCCCAGCAGUCAUUCCUCCCGUGGUCACUGCUAUGGAUGCACAGCCUGAGUGCCUGUCUUCAGGCACUGCGGGUCCUUUGCAAAGGAUUCCCACACAGCGGAGUUGAUGUUGCCAGCCUUGUGUCAUGUUUGCAGACAUCUUUGUGAUGCAGAGUUGGUCUGCCAAUGGGUCUGGUGCUGGAAGCUGGCUCCCCAAAGUACUGUAUUUUUUGCUCUAUAAGACUCACUUUUUCCCUCCUAAAAAGUAAGGGAAAAUGCAUGUGCGUCUUAUGGAGCAAAUGCAGGCUGCGCAGCUAUCACAGAAGCCAGAAUAGUAAAAGGGAUUGCUGCUUUCACUGCGCAGCGAUCCCUCUUGCUGUUCUGGCUUCUAAGAUUCAGAAUAUUUUUUUUCUUGUUUUCCUCCUCCAAAAACUAGGUGCGUCUUGUGGUCUGGUGCGUCUUAUAGAGCGAAAAAUACGGUAUCUUGCCAUCUUCCAUUCUGUGGACAUGGCCAAGCAAGCGUGGAUGUUGCUGAGACAGGAAUGCAAACAUGCUAGGGAUGGGGGUUUGGGAGAGCACAUCUUUGUUUGAAAUUCUCUCCUGCCAUUCAAUACCCAAAAAGUGUGUGUUCGUAUUAUAUAUAGUUUUAAUUCUGUUAAUGCUUCAUUGUCCUUUAAUUAUUGUUUCCCACCCCCCUAUGUUUUUAGCUGAUCUUAUUUCUAUCUGCAAUCCGCCUUAAGUCCCUGUCAGGGAAGAAUGCAAUGUAUAAAUAAAUAUAUAAUGAUGAUGAUAAUAGCCUGAUUUACCAUGACUGCGACAAUUGCUGCAGGGUAAAGCAAUAAGUCAAAUAUAACACUGAGUGAAAUGUCAAGUUUGCACAAACUCCAGGUUUGCUCCGAAACUGCCUUAACUAGGCUCUCCCUGUGGCUGCCCAGCUGGUGUGCCAUAUGGAACUGAAUCUCUUUCUUCUUCCUUCCAGUCUCUUUGACAAAAACCACCAAAAAAGGAUUAGAAGUUAAACAGAGCUUAAUAGAAGAGGUAAGCAACAUUGUAAACUAUGACUCUGAUCCCGUGUGAAAAAUUGCUUUGGAGAAAGGGCUUGGGAUUAUGUCGCAAUUUAGAGUCACGUAAAUGCAGAGUCUUGAAGGAAUUUUUAUUUUUCUCCCUGUCUUAGAACAGAAACCACAAAAAGUAAAAUGAGGCCAUAAUAUAAAAUGGCAGAAGCAAUAUAAUGAUAACAUAACCACCUCACCCCAAAAACAGAAAUGUUAAAGGUCACUUCCUUCAUUCGGAAUCUUGAAGGCUGUUUCUGUUUAGAGAAUAUAUUCUUCUUACAUUCUGACUUCUAAACUUCUUCAUCUCCAGCUGCGGAAAUGUGUGGACACCUACAAGUAUCUCUUUAUUUUUUCCAUCGCCAACAUGAGAAACAACAAACUGAAGGAUAUUCGGAAUGCCUGGAAGCACAGCAGGUAAAAAGAAGAAGUCGGGUUCCCGUGACUCUUUCUCUGACCUGCUUGCAAAACUGUUUGGAUUGACUUAGAAAGAAAGAAAAAACACCUUUCAGGGAAAACCUCCCCCUGAACAAUGGAGGACUGUGCAUGCUCAGCAGCCAUAAGAUAAUUGCUUAAAAGAGUGGGGGAACUGUCAUAGUGGAGGAAUGGAGUAUCCUGGAAAGGACAUGAUUCUGAGGUGGGGGGGGGAUUGUUGUUGUUAUUAUUAUCAUUGUUAUUGUUACCAUAAUCCAUUUCUUAGUCACUUUCUACACAACCAUCAACAAUGUAGAAUAAAAGCAGUUUAACCACAACACUAUUGAGACAUUUAAAGCAAAAGUACCGUAUUUUUCGCUCUAUAAGACACACCCGACCAUAGGACGCUCCUUGUUUUAGAGGGGGAGAACAAGGAAAAAAAUUCUCCCCCUCUCUGCUCAGCGCCCCUUCAGCGAAGUGGCAGGAGCCUCUUCCAUUUCUCCUCCCGCUUCGCGGAAGGGGCGCUGCGCAGCUCUCCCUCUCUGCUGAAGCCAGGAGAGUCUUGCUCUCCUGGCUUCAGCUAAAGGAACCUGAAGCCUGCAGAGCGCAGCGCAAAUUCCCGCUGUGCUCCGGAGGCUUCGGGUUCCUUUUGCUGAAGCCGGGAGAGCAAGACUCUCCUAGCUUCAGCGAAAGGAACCUGACCCCUCUCGCUCUCCCGGCUUCAGCAAAAGGAACCCGAAGCCUCUGAAGCGCAGCGGGACCCCGCGCUGCACUCCGGAGGCUUGAGGCAGCUAUCCCUGAAGCCUGGAAAGCAAGAGGGGUCGGUGUGCACCGACCCCUCUCUCUCCAGGCUUCAGCGAAGGCAACGCGAAGCCUCUGGAGCGUGGAGGGAGCGCUCCCUCUGUGCUUCGGAGGCUUCGCGUUGCUAUCGCUGAAGCCAAGGAGCCUGCAUUCGCUCCAUAGGACGCACACACAUUUCCCCUUAAUUUUUGGAGGGGAAAAAGUGCGUCCUAUAGAGUGAAAAAUAUGGUAAUGCAAUACAGAAUAGUCACCCAUGGUAGAGACAUCAAGUCAUCAAGCUUGGAAAGCUUGUCACAACAAAAAUGUAUUCAAUCAUUUCUGGAAAUUCCUGCUAGAGAGUGCCAACUAUAUCUUGACCAGGAUGCUGUUUUGCAGAACAAGGGCAGCCACAGUAAAGGCCCCGAGUUACUCAGAGCAGGCUAUUGAGAUCAUUGGCACUUGCAGAAGAGACUCCCACAUCCCACAGUGAUCUGCUCCUUAAAUCUACUUAAUCCAUGGAUUAUUGUCUGCAUUGCUGACUUAAAUACCGUAUUUUUCGCCCCAUAGGGCGCACUGGCCCAUAGGGUGCACCUAGUUUUUUUGGGGGGGGGAAUAAAGAAAAAAAAUCCCCCCCAGGCGCGGGGCUGGGGUGGGGGAGGCCCGAGCUUCCCCCGACCCCAGCCCCCAGAACAGGCUGCUAUCCGCAAGCCUAGGGAGCCCAGCGGAAGUCGCGCCGGGCUCCCAAGGGUUGCGGAGAGCUUCCUGAAGCCUGGAGCGUGACCCCUCUCGCUCUCCAGGCUUCAGCGAAAGCCUGCAUUCGCCCCAUAGGACGCACACACAUUUCCCCUUCAUUUUUGGAGGGGGAAAAGUGCAUCCUAUAGGGCGAAAAAUAUGGUAUACUCCCAAAAUGAGUUAGCUAAGUGUUUGUUGAGUAAGAGCAUGUUGGUGUGAAAUGUUUGAUAUUGGGGUCUCCUCCUGCAGUAGAUUUGACCGAUUGAUUUCCUUUUUGCAGGAUAUUCUUCGGGAAAAACAAAGUGAUGAUGGUGGCCUUAGGACGGAGCCCAGCCGACGAAUACAAAGAUAAUUUACACCAGGUGGGGUGUCUGGCGUGUAAACAGUUUCACCAAUGCCUUCUGCAACUUAGAUUCUGCGUGUGACGAAUUAGGGGCACGCAGUGAAUAUUUCCCUAUUAUCUCCAUUCUCCUUUCGUUUUUCAGGUCAGUAAGCAUCUGCGGGGAGAGGUUGGGCUUCUCUUCACCAAUCGCACCAAAGAGGAAGUUGCAGAGUAAGCCUUUCCGAGUCGCUUCUGUCGCUAUAACGUUAGGGGAUAACAUCUUGCUUGUGAACAUUGGAAGACUCAGGAUAGAUAGAUAAGAUAGAUAGAUAGAAUAAUUUUUUAUUUAUACCCCACCCUUCCCGGUUCAAAAACCGGGCUCAGGGCGGCUAACAACAAAUUUAAAACACUUAAUUGUAAAAGCAGCAUAAAAUACAGUAUAAAAACAUGAAUAACAAUAAAAUUCAAAGUUCAGAAAUCAAUUUAGGGGAAAUCAAUCUAUAAUCACCAGGGCUAGCUGGCUGAAUUUGUCCUACUUGGGCCAGCGAGGAGGCCAGGGGAGAAUUAGCUGUGGGGUCUCAGAGCGGGUAAUCUUCAUAAAAGGGGAGGGCGAGGGAAGAGAAGGGAAAUAAAAGAUGAGGCUGAAUUCAAAUUAAAGGCCAGGCGGAAUAGCUCUGUCUUACAGGCCAGACGGAAGGAGGUAAAUCCUGAAGGGCCCUAGUCUCAUGGGACAGAGCAUUCCACCAGGUCGGAGCCAUCACUGAAAAGGCCCUGGCCCUGGUGGGGGAUAGUCUGACUUCCUUAGGGCCCGGGACCUCUAAACUAUGGUUAUUCAUGGACCUUAAGGUCCUCUGCUGGGCCAACAGGAAGCUGGAAUAUGUCAUAAUUCUUGAUACUGUAAUAUGGAAUACAGUGGACGCUCGGGUUGUGAACGUGAUCCGUGCGGGAUGCACUUUAGCAACCCCGUCUGCGCACGCGCGGGUUGCAAUUCGGCGCUUCUGCGCAUGUGCGAAUGCCGAAACCCGCAAGUAACCCGUUCUGAUACUUCCGGGUUUCAGCAGUCUGCAACCUGAAGCGGACGCAACAUGAGGUAUGACUGUAUGUAAUUGAAGAAGAGUUUGGAUUUGAUAUCCCGCUUUAUCAGUACCCGAAGGAGUCUCAAAGCGACUAACAUUCUCCUUUCCCUUCCUCCCCCACAACAAACGCUCUGGGAGGUGAGUGGGGCUGAGAGACUUCAGAGAAGUGUGACUAGCCCAAGGUCACCCAGCAGCUGCAUGUGGAGGAGCGGAGACGCGAACCCAGUUCCCCAGAUUACAAAUCUACCGCUCUUAACCACUACACCACACUGGCUCUUAUGCUUUCCAUUUUGGCUCUUAUGUUUUCCAUUUUGUUUGCCGGUUGUUGUUGUUUUUGUAUUGUAAGCCACUUUGAGUGUUCUUUCCUUAGAAAAGCAGCGUAUAAAUAUUAAAUCCAGAUUCCAAGGUUUUGCAAACAGCUAAGCUUAAUAGAUUUGUCGCUUCCUUCCCUUCCCCAGGUGGUUCUCUCAGUUUAAAGAGAACGACUUCGCCCGAGCCGGGAACAAAGCAACCUUCACCGUCAAUCUGGAUAUGGGGCCCUUAGAACAGUUUCCCCACUCCAUGGAGCCACAGCUGCGGCAGCUGGGACUCCCAACGGCGCUGAAAAAAGGUGGGCGAUGUGUCCCGGAGUUAACCUGUGGAACUCCUUUCCACAGGAGGCAGUGAUGGCCACCAACUUGGAUGGCUUUAAAAGAGGAUGAGACACAUUCAUGGAGGAACAGAGGGUGCACAUGUGUUCGAAUCCUGCUUGCUGGUUUCCCCUAAUGGGCUCCUGGUUGGCCACUGUGAGAAUCAGAGCCUAGACUGGAUGGGGCGCUACUCUGAUCCAGCAAGCUCUUUUUACAUUCUUAUGCGCACACUAUUGGAAAUAGCUUAGCCGUGCAUUGACGUGGAGCCAAGAGAAAAACACUAUGUAUGUGAGUCUCCUUUCACGUUAGCAUGAUUUAUUUGGCUGUCCUCACUUCCCUGCAUCGUGACAGUGAAAAAUUCCCACGUUCGUUUUCCAUCAGCUCAGCACAGGGAAACGAGGAUUUACACAACAACGUAAGAAAGUAAAUUAUAAGCAAUUCCGAGCUCCCGUCUGGUUUUUUUUAAUCUUUCUAGGCAAUAAAUUGAAGCUUCUUUAAAAAGGCCUGUUACCUGUUACUGCUUUUAACUGCCCACAGCCUUUUCCUUCUGUGUUGUUUCAUUGACAAAUAGAGAGUCCAAUUUAUUUCUUCCUUUGCAGUCCUAAUAAUAAUAAUUAAGAUGAAAGGUGCGAACUUUAAAAUCUAUUUUAAGAGCAGUUAUUCAGUGCCCGAGCCAAUAAUAUUCUCUUGCUCUAGAACAGGGUUUCCCAAACUUGGGUCUCCAACUGUUUUGGGGCUACAAUUCCCAUCAUCCCUGACCACUGGUCCUGGUUAGCUAGGGAUGAUGGGAGUUGUAGUCCAAUAACAGUUUGGGACCCAAGUUUGGGAAACCCUGCUCUAGAAGCUUAUCACCUCCCCAAAGAGAUGUCUUUCCCCCAGUACAGUGAUGAAUGUCUUCUUCAGGACAUCUGAGGCUGUGCCCUUUGACCCCCCCUGCCCACAAGGGAGUUAGGUGGUCAGAUUUAUCUUCUAACUUCCUCUCUUCACCGCAGAGUUAUCUCUGCUAGCAGACGAUAUAUUGGUUCGUCAUAGAUCCAACCGAAAAUCCUGGUGUGUGGGGGUCUCCUGAUCAUAUGCAGAGGGUCAAUUCUGCCCCCUCUUCAGCAGACACUCAUGCCUUCCUCCUGUCUUUCAAGCUGGGAGGAAAGUGGCCUCUUCCCAGAUAGCUUGUGCUGAUAGGAACUUUGUCAGUUGCAUAGCUGUCAACUUUCAGAUUUGAAAAUAAGGGAUCAGCAGCCGCGAAAAUAAGGGAUCAGCAGCCUCACCUGUCCCGGAGAGCCUCAAAAAUAAGGGAUCAGCAGCCUCAUCUGUCCCGGGGACAGUCUACGGGAUACCUAACAAUCCGGGAUAGCAGCGAGAAACGGCGCUGGAAUAAGGGUAUUUUCCACCAAAAAAGGGAAGGUUGACAGCUAGGCGGCUGCCGAAAGCUCUGAACACCUCUGCAAGGAAGCAAAAAAAAAAAAUCCUUUCCCCCCACAUCCUCUGCCAGCCUUCCACCCAUUUCUGGAACCCUGAUUUGUACCAGCAGUGCUUCCUGAGCUCUAGCCAGCAUGGCCAGGUUAUGGACCACCUGACUUCUAUAAGCCAAUUCACUCUGGCCACUUCCCCUCUUAAUCGUCCUCUCUUGUUUGCAGGAGUGGUGACCUUAAUCUCGGAUUACGAGGUCUGCAAAGAGGGGAGCAUCCUGACCCCUGAACAAGCACGUAUCCUGGUGAGCAAGUGGCAAAGAAUGCAGGGUGGAUCCCUCAACCGAGGGAUUUCCUAGGCCGGGAUGGGGUGUGGGAGUCUGACUGUGCAAGGCGUCUUCCUUACAGGUCGACGCGUCGAAGCUUGAAGUCAAUGAAUCUCAUCCCCGUGGACUUUGGUGCUUUACUGCAAGAGACAGCACGGUGUAGUGGUUAGAGCAGUGUUUCCUCAAACGUCUGCAGUUGGACUACAAUUCCCAUCAUCCCUGACCACUUGCUAGUUGGGGAUGAUGGGAGUUGUAGUCCAACAACAGCCAGGGACCCAGGUUUGAGAAACACUGGGUUAGAGCGUUGGACUAGGAACUGGGAGACCAGGGUUCGACUCCCCCCUUGGCCAUGAAGCAUAAUGGAGGUGACCUCAGGCCAAUCGCUGUCUUCUCUCAGCCUAACCCUACCUCACAGGGUUGUUGUGGAGAUUACAUGAGGGCAGAGGGAGAACCAUGUAUGCCCCCCUGAGCCCCGUGGAGAAAAGGUUGGGCUGUAAAUAUAAUAAAUACUGCUACCUCUUCCGCUGUCUGGGACGUGGGUGGCGCUGGGGGUUAAACCACAGAGCCUAGGACUUGCUGAUCAGAAGGUCGGCAGUUCGAAUCCCCGCGACGGGGUGAGCUCCCGUUGCUCGGUCCCUGCUCCUGCCAACCUAGCAGGUCAAAAGCACGUCAAAGUGCAAGUAGAUAAAUAGGUACCGCUCCAGUGGGAAGGUAAAUGGCGUUUCCGUGUGCUGCUCUGGUUCGCCAGAAGCGGCUUAGUCAUGCUGGCCACAUGACCCGGAAGCUGUGCACCGGCUCCCUCGGCCAAUAAAGCGAGAUGAGCGCUGCAACCCCAGAAUCGGUCACGACUGGACCUAAUGGUCAGGGGUCCCUUUGCCUUUACUUCCACUGCCUAGUCUCCUCCCACUUCUGUCCUUUUCUCAUGGAGAGGAAGACUGGCUCACUUCAGAACCACGUCAUACUUGUUUCAAGUUGCUAGACCUCAUUGUUUGGGUAGAGUCCCAGAAGCGGAAACCUGGGAAACUGCCCAGAGAAGAAGCCCACCCUCAACUACAGGAAAUGUAGCUCUUGUGCUAGGCGAAUAAGAUACAGAUUUAGGUACAAAGAGAAGGCAGUUUUGUGUGUUGUUUCUUGGCAUAAACAGCUGUGGCUGAGGACAUCGGGCAUGGCGAUCACUUUUCUCUUUUGUUUCAGAAACUCUUUGGGUACACGAUGGCAGAGUUCAAGGUGACGAUCAGGAGCAUGUGGAAUGCCGAGACAGGAGACUUUGAGCAGCUGGCCGAAGAGGCAGAGGACGUCACAGAAGGGAUGGAGGAAGAGGAGGAGGAGAAGGAUAACUGUGAUGAGGAUGACAACUAGGCAGGAGCAAGACUGUUCUUAUAGGACUAAACUGCUCAUCUAAGGACUUUAUUUAUCGUAUUUUUAUAUAUAGAUAUAAACCUGUA